GGGUGAGCUCUGUGGGAGCACAAACGCGGGGGAAAGAUGCCUGUCGUGUGGCCGACGCUUCUGGAUCUCAGUAGGGAUGAAUGCAAGAGGAUCCUUCGCAAACUGGGUACAAACUGGAGGCAUAUGCAGGUGUCAUCAGUGCCUUACGUGCGCAGGGAGACCUUACGAAGGAGAAGAAGGAUCUUCUUGGAGAACUCUCUAAAGUGCUUAGUAUUUCAACAGAGCGACAUCGUGCUGAAGUUCGGAGAGCAGUAAAUGAUGAACGACUAACGACUAUUGCACACAAUAUGUCUGGACCAAAUAGCUCUUCAGAAUGGUCUAUAGAAGGUCGUCGACUGGUGCCACUGAUGCCACGGCUCGUUCCGCAAACAGCUUUUACUGUUACAGCUAAUGCCGUUGCCAAUGCAGCUGUUCAGCACAAUGCAUCUCUUCCAGUUCCUGCAGAAACCGGAAACAAAGAAGUGGUGGUUUGCUAUUCCUACACAAGUACCACUUCAACCCCAACAUCUACCCCUGUUCCAAGUGGCAGUGUAGCAACAGUGAAGUCCCCCAGACCUGCCAGUCCAGCCUCCAAUGUAGUCGUCUUGCCAAGUGGAAGUACUGUUUACGUCAAAAGUGUCAGCUGCUCAGAUGAUGAUGAAAAGCCUCGCAAAAGACGGCGAACUAAUUCUUCUAGUUCCUCCCCUGUUCUCCUGAAGGAAGUCCCGAAAGCAGUGACUCCUGUCACUAAAACUAUCACAGUGCCUGUAAGUGGCAGCCCGAAGAUGAGUAAUAUAAUGCAGAGCAUUGCCAACUCCUUACCACCACACAUGUCGCCUGUGAAAAUAACCUUCACUAAGCCCUCAACACAGACAACAAACACGACAACACAGAAGGUGAUAAUAGUAACCACCUCUCCAAGCUCAACUUUUGUACCCAACAUCCUUUCAAAGUCCCACAACUAUGCAGCAGUUACGAAACUUGUCCCAACGUCAGUCAUUGCCUCAACUACUCAAAAGCAACCAGUGGUUAUAACUGCAUCUCAGUCCUCUCUGGUCAGUAGCAGCAGCAGUAGUAGCUGUUCCGCUCCUUCCUGUACAGCAAAUACUAUUGCGGUGACUGCUGUGGUAUCAUCAACACCGUCAGUAGUGAUGUCAACAGUAGCACAAGGUGUGUCUACAUCAGCGAUUAAAGUUGCCUCUACCAGACUACCUUCCCCAAAAGGUUUAGUUGGGAACCCAACUCAGAUUUUAGCACAGUUUCCCAAACAGCAUCAACAGUCCCCAAAACAGCAACUGCACCAAAUACAGCAGGCCCAACAACAACAGCAGCAGCUGUUGCAGUCUUCUGUAGCUCAACAGCAGCCACAGCAAUCUCAGUUGCCGCCUGGCAUCAAGCCCACCAUUCAGAUCAAACAGGAAUCAGGUGUUAAAAUAAUCACUCAACAGGUGCAACCCAGUAAAAUCCUUCCCAAACCAGUUACAGCGACCUUGCCCAGCAGUAGCAAUUCACCUAUUAUGGUGGUUAGCAGUAAUGGGACUAUCAUGACAACUAAACUGGUCACUACUCCCACUGGAACUCAAGCAACGUAUACACGGCCAACAGUUAGCCCCUCUCUAGGGGCUCGGAUGGCUGGAACUCCAGGGGCCGCUACUUAUGUGAAAACUACGAGUGGUAGCAUCAUUACGGUAGUACCGAAAUCACUGGCUACGCUGGGAGGCAAGAUUAUCAGCAGUAAUAUUGUUUCAGGAACUACAACCAAAAUCACUACAAUUCCAAUGACAUCCAAGCCUAAUGUGAUUGUUGUGCAAAAGACUACUGGAAAAGGAACUACAAUUCAAGGGCUUCCAGGCAAAAAUGUUGUCACAACGUUGUUAAAUGCUGGGGGGGAGAAAACUAUUCAGGCAGUGCCAGCAGGAGCAAAACCUGCUAUCAUCACUGCCACAAGACCCAUCACAAAAAUGAUUGUUACACAGCCAAAAGGAAUAGGGUCCACGGUCCAGCCAGCCACCAAAAUCAUCCCAACUAAAAUUGUUUAUGGUCAGCAAGGGAAAACGCAGGUUCUUAUAAAGCCAAAGCCAGUGACGUUUCAAGCAACAGUUGUGAGCGAGCAAACUAGGCAGUUGGUAACUGAAACGUUACAGCAGGCAUCAAGAGUGGCAGAGACAGGAAACUCUUCUCUCCCAGAAGUGAAAGAAGAACCACAAACCUACACUGAUAGCAGCUCAUCUUCGACAGAGUCCUCCCAGAGCUCCCAAGAUUCUCAGCCUGUAGUCCAUGUGAUUGCUUCACGAAGUCAGGAUUGGUCAGAACAUGAAAUUGCUGUGGACACGAGCCCUACAAUAAUUUACCAGGAUGUAUCCGGUGAAUCUCAGUCAGCUACUUCCACAAUAAAAGCCCUGUUGGAGCUUCAGCAGACAACAGCAGUGAAGGAGAAGUUAGAAUCAAAGCCAAGACAGCCUACCAUUGACUUGAGCCAAAUGGCUGUCCCAAUCCAGAUGACCCAAGAAAAGAGGCAUUCUCCAGAAAGUCCUUCAAUUGCUGUGGUAGAGUCAGAAUUAGUUGCUGAAUAUAUCACAACUGACUCAGGAAGACAACACUGUAUUGGUUCACAUUCGGAAGAAUAUCUACACAACCAUAUAGUCAGUCAUCGGUCACAGCCCCACCAGCAGUCAUCCCAGCCCCAGAGGACUCUGCUGCAGCAUGUGGCUCAGUCGCAGACAGCAACGCAGACUUCCGUUGUGGUGAAAUCCAUCCCCGCAUCUUCCACAGGCGCAAUUACCCAUAUCAUGCAGCAGGCCUUAAGCAGUCACAGUGCAUUUACCAAACACAGUGAACAGCUUGGAACUGAGGAAGGAGAAGUGGAAGAGAUGGACACCUUAGAUCCUCAGACUGGCCUGUUUUACAGAUCUGCCCUGACACAAUCGCAGGCACAGAAACAGCAAAAACUGAGUCAACCACAGCUGGAACAGACUCAACUGCAAGUGAAAACUCUGCAGUGUUUCCAGACUAAGCAGAAGCAGACAAUCCACCUGCAGGCUGAUCAAAUCCAGCACAAACUCCCACAAAUGCCCCAGCUUUCUAUAAGGCAUCAAAAGCUAACCCCCCUGCAGCAAGAGCAAGCACAGACCAAACCAGAUGCACAGCACCCCCCUCACCACAUGAUGGCCAAAGAAAGGCAACUCCCUACCUUAGUGGCACAGCCACAGCAAACUGUAGUACAGGUGCUUGCAGUAAAAACCACGCAGCAGCUGCCCAAACUGCAACAGGCACCAACGGCACAAAAAAUCUACGUGCAGCCCCAACCCCCCCAGAGUCAAAUGCAGCUACCUGCCUCUUCAGAGAAACAGCCAGCAAGCCAGGUGCAGCAUCCAAUUAAAACGCACGGAUCCACUGUUACAAAGAUAACUUUUGAGGGGCAUCAGCCUCCUUCUGUUUCAAAGGUAGCAGGUGGCAGUUCUGUGCCCAAACUGGCGUUGCCGGUUACAAGCCUAUUUCCCACGCAGGCAUCCGUGAAGACAGCAGUAGCAGACAUUUUGAGAAUGUCUAUGAUGGAAGCUCAGAUUGAUGCAAGCAUAGAACGUAUGAUAGUGGAUCCCCAAAGCAAGGCCAGGUCCACUAGUAAAGUCGCUAGCGAAGCAGAGUCGUCACCUUGUACUCAGGUGCCGAGGGUGACUGCAGUAGGGAUGACGGCAACUUCCAUCCCCCAGCAACAGAAAUCUAAAGAAUCCAGUUCAAGUCCUCCUGCUGUUGGUCCUACUUUAACAGAGAGGAAACUCGAUGCACAAGGAAUGCCUACAACAAACCAGUUUAUACACAUUCAGAAUAUAUCACAAAAGAAAGCUGAAGAGAGCUCAUCAGAAAUUGUUAUCCAGACUAUCCCUCAAUAUUCCAUCCCUUGUCACUCCAGCUCCAAUGUGGUAGUGGAACCCAGCGGGCUCCUGGAGCUCAACAACUUUACCAGCCAGCGCCUCGACGAUGAGGAGACAGCAAUGGAACAAGAGGUGGACAGUAGCACUGAGGACGGCACUGAGCCCAGCCCCUCUCAGAGUUCUGCUGAACAAUCCUAAGGAAUUGGGACACUGGAGUGCACUUUAAAACAUCUUGGGAUUUGAGUAUCCCAGAUGCCCUUGUAUUGUGAUGUCUUAGAGCACUUUGCUUAUUAGAGUUGUUCAUUGGACCCUUGAAGCAUCAGUGUGUUUUAACAAGACAGUAUUGCAAAAGCUGCAUCUUUGGGGCGGGGGGGAUGGGGGGAAAUGUUUCCAAAAAGGUAUAGUUACCGAGAUAGAGUAAACCUGUGACAGUGGAAUGUACUCCUGUUAAAAAGCAAAUCUGCAGCGAAUUCUACAGCUCGUGCAUACGAAGCCCUUGCCCAGAUGCUGAAAGCAGCUUUCAGUGAAAAGGGAUCUUUACUUUGCUGUGUCUUUUUGUUAGCUGUUGAGCAAAACACCAUCAAAAAAGAGAAUGUUUAUUAAAUAUUUGUAUUUUUAAAUAGCAUGUGAGAGAAAAAGUGUCUCUGACAGUGCUGGAAAAGCCCCAGGAAUUUUGGAAUUGGUUAGCUUUCUUGCACUUGUGCUCACUUAGAGUUAAGAUUUUUAAUAAGCCUAAAAAUAUAGUUUAUUUUUUUAAAAUCCUUGUUGGUGAAUGUUUGGAAAUAAGCAAAAAUCACUAACUAGUAGCAAUGUGCGUUUGCUAGUGGACUUUUGUUUUCAUGCUUUACAAGAAGUAGGGUAAUGGCGUUAUGAAGCAUUUCUUUGUGCCAUAAGCACGUGAAAUGCUCAUCUACUCUAGUUAAUCCUUGAUUAUUUAUUUAAAAAUAAAAUUUAAAGUGAGGCCAAGUUGUUUGAAAAGUUCCUGUUAAACAGGCAGGUGUGUUAAUUCUAAUACAAGUGGGAUGCAGGUGGAUAUAUUUUGGUAUAAAUGAGUUUUUCGAAAUUGGGGAAUAAAUGGUUCAGCAUCUGAAGUUGAACUUCCGAAUUUAGAAGUGAGCUAUGGCUUUUAAAAAUCUGUAUUUUACUCUUACAUGCUGUUUCUAAAGUGACCAUUUUGGAAGUUUAAAAGCUUAAAUUGAAAUACAGUGGUAGGUUUCAGAAAUUAGCCUUAUGACUUGGCUCGUUGAAGCAAUACAUUGGGUUUUUGUGAUAGUUACAAGCCACAGAGGUUUGGGUUCAGGUGGGAUAAGAGAAGCAGUUUUAAUACAUUCUGCUAAUCAAGACAAUAGUUUUCUUUUUUUUUUUUUUUUCAAAUGUAUAUAAAAACACGUUUUUAACUGUUUUGUAUAGAAUUCAUUAUAAAUAACUAGUCAUUUUAAGACUUGGACAUAUCAUUCAAUUGUGUAUACAUCUAUCAACCUAACUGCCCACUUUUUGGUGCUGAAGUACUACUGUAAGUAGAUUUCAUCCAAAGUCUAAUACAGUUUUUGCAUCAGUCUUUUCUUUAAGCUGUGAUUUUACUGUUGGUAUUGUAGUUAAGAUUGAAUUCCAGCUAGAGUAACUCUCAAAACUAAAAAUACAAAACCUAAAAAAAAUUAAUCUUACUUGUCCUGAAUAUCCACCUAUGUAAGAACAUGCAGUAUCCUCUAGAUGGUGCUGUUGCUCUUUCCACUAACCUCGGUUAUUUUAUAAAUGAAGUCCCUAUGACUUUUUCAUACCCUUUUUUUCUUCUGUUUUCUUUUCCAUCAGCAUUAGUUUUGAAAUCUUAGCAGUUUAUUAUGCUCGAGAAGCGCUCUGCCAAAUUUAAUGUGGAAAUGCUGGAAUAUUUGGAUAGGAAACUAUUUAUUUUUACUUUAUGUCGGAACAAUAUUUGAAUAGGUAUUGGUUUGGUUUCUGCUGGACUUCAUGUUCAGGAUGGAAGAGAAAAUGUAUGAAGUGAAACAUACCUUAUGUCUUUCUCUAUUUAAAAGAUAAGCCUAACCGUAUGCCAUUCUAAGCAGGUCUGGUUUUUGAUAGUUAUUUGAGAGCUGUUGUUCUUGUUCUAGCAAAAUAACCAUGACCAACAACAGUAACUAGGUUAUAAUCCAAGUUCCAUGAUUACAGAAUGACAACAAGUUAUUUAAUACAGAUUUUCUUUCUAGUGGGAUUGACGAAGCAGCCUAUUACACUUUGCAGAUGCCAGCCUGGGCACAGUCUGUACAGAAAGUCAUGUGAAGUCCUGAGCAGAUGACAUGCCAUCCCUCUGGUUUAUAUCAGAUUUUCACUGUCACCUAUUAUCUAAGUGUCCCUGUCGUAGCCAGCACUAAAAGGCCAUGAGACAACAAAGCAGAGUGAGAUUUUUCUUAAGCACCUUUGCCUGAGAACUUUGCCAUAAAUUAUGGUUUCAGGUUUAGAUUUGCACAUGCAAGGGGCCUGCCUUUCACCAGCCGAAAAGGGAUAGUAAAAACAAAUCACGUAUGAUGACUUCAGCACUCAUAUUGCAUUAUGUAUAUUGUUAAGUCCUGGUCCAAUUUGUUCCAAUGUUUUAUGUAAGAAUUUUGUUUGCAACCUUAAUGAUGACUUCCCAGCAAACCUAUGACCAAAUCGACAGUGAAAUAUUUGGCAGUUCCUUGAAGACCACACAUCUCUUAUAGCAGCGCUAAAGCCUUCAUUUUUUGAGGGGUGCUCAUUUUGCAAGUUGACAAAUUGAGGCACAUGCCGGGGACUCUAGAGGUCAUGUAUGAAAUCUAGAAAGAGGACUGUUGCAGUUGAUAUAUUCUGGUUAACUUGAAACUCCUCUCUGAGUGCUUUCACAAAUCAGCUGAAUUGUUUCAGAUCAUUUUAUUUGUCUGUUCCAGCAUUUCACCAUAUAAAUAACUUGAGCUCAUCUUGUAUAUUCCACAUUACUAAACUUUAGGGUCAAGAUGUAAAUUGUUUUCCUAGUUACUUGAUUUUUGAGAACAGUUGUAACAAGAUACGUGGGUACUCAGAGUAUUGGGCCUCCCCCCCAUCCCUUCUCUUGGACUCCUGGCACCACUGCCUAUUCUUUAGUCUGUCCUGCAGAGGUACACAUUUUUCAUAUCUGCACAUUGGGGUGUGUACUUCAUCCCUUUCUCAGCCAUGCAUCCACUCCUCGCAUCCUUUUAAAUAACACUGAACCACUAAAAUAAAGCAUCACUGUGUAAGACAGCAUUUGCACAUCAGUUAACCUCUGUCGAUAUGCUGUUUUCCCCUAUUAAGCUGCACCUUCCUUCCUGAGAUGAACUUACCCUCUCCCUUCCUGGAACAGAGUAAAGAUGAGUUAUGUUAAUAAUAAUCUGCAAUAGUAGGAAUUAGUGAGUUACGGACUUAAAACUUAGUAGGAAGCUGCAGAUGAACUGGAGAGUAAGUAAAACAGCAUUGAAGAGUUGCUUUGAGUUCAGCAUUUCAACAGAUGUGUUGUGGUGCAGCAGUAGUACAUAUGUGAAUUUUCAAGAAACGUUAAGAAAGUGAAACAUUUGGAGGAAGUCCUGAGACAAGGGAGAACAUAUGUACCCUUAAGGAUGCUUACAAUCUCAGAGUGCUACUUCUGGAAAGUUUUAACCAUUUAAAAAUCAGGGUGAAAGUAUUUUCAGCCUGUCUCGUUCUCCCACUUGUAAAACGAACUUUUGAAGUUUCAGGGCAAAAUACAAAAACAGAGGAAGCUACUUGAAUUUAAGAUUUUUCAUCUUGCAUGUGGAAGGCCUUUUGAACAGAAUGCCUGACUGAAUAGAUGAGAUUUGAAAAAAACCUAAGACCUUUUAAAAAAAAAAAAAGGAAAACUUGUGACCAUAUGCUUUUUUUUUUUUCCUCUCGGGUAUAAACAAUUUCUGAAGUACAAGUAGUAUUCCGUAGUUGAUAAAGGUGGUUAUGCGUUCCCCACAGCUACACUGCAAAUGCCGACAGUUUCAGCUUGGCAGUGUUCUGUCCAGUGGAAAUUAUCAUCAUGAUCGAUGAUCAUGAACUAGAAAUACCCUGUUAGAGAUUUACCUGUAUUGGCGAAAGUCUGUUUAUUGCUGUUUGACUGUAUUUGGCAGGUAAGAAGUGCCUUAAGAUGUUCUUAAUGGCUCUUUAGUUUGGUAGGCAGAUACAGACGUUGAAACUUGAAAAAAAAAAAAAUAGUAAGAUGGACGAUACUUAGCUAGGAUUACCCAGGAAAGUAUCUCAAGUCGUUUGGAGUCUUUUCUCUCCAACAAGGCCAGGGACUUGCAGGGUGAGAUCCGGUGAUGUUGCAUCAUAUCAUAUGGUGGCAAUGAAACUAGACAUUUGCAUUAGUAUCUUCAAGUUUUAAACUAUGGAAGAGAGCCAGUAUUUGAUGAUACCUAGAGGCAGCUAGAGAGGUAUGACUGGCAAGUGAAAAUAAUUGGUGAUUGGAUGGGUUUUUUUGUUGUUGGGCAUUUUUUGUUGUUGUUUUUUUUUUUUUAGUAUCGUUGUACCAAGCUGAGAAGUUGCCAAAGGGUUGUAAAUAGGCUAAUGAGUGCCUUGGGAACUUGUUGAUUUCUCAACAAAUCAUUUGCAGAGAGGAGAGUCUGCAUCAUUUGAGGUGGGGAGGAUGCUUAGAGGUUUUUUAAGCAUUGGAGACUGAAGAGUACUAGCUUGGUCUUGAAUCGUUUUUAAAGUCUGAGACAGUUAGAAUUGUCCAAUAAAUACUACUCCAGAUCAGCUUUGUUUUCUACUCAGAAUUUCAUGUGAUUUUGUUUUUGCACAACACUUGGCCACCUUUGAAAAACGAUUUUUUUUUUUUUUAAUGAGAAUAUCUUGAUGUUUUUCUCAGCUUUCCAUUUUUCAGUAAACUCUGAGCAGUUUGGAAAUUUUCUGGGAUCGCUCCCAUCAUA